AUUAUAUAUGCGAUGGAAAAAUAACAUCGACGUAUCAAUGCUUUCCGACUGACUACGAGGAUGAAAUUUCUGUCAACCGUGAUCUUCGCUUGUGCUGUGAUCUACUACUUCGUCUUUUAUUACCACUCCGUAACGACGAGCACGACUCGGUAUAAGAACGUCUAUGGCACCACGAACUUCAAUACCACAUGGGCAGAAAACCUGAUUGAUAGUAUAAAAGGUAUCUUCAAGUUCUUACGUCAAGGUUACACGCACGAAAACGCCCAGCCUGAUGUGACGCCGAUACCUAACUCCAGCUACGACUUCGUCGUGAUAGGCGCCGGGACAGCUGGAGCAACGGUGGCGUCUAGACUUAGCGAGAUCCCAGAUCUCACGGUUCUUCUGAUCGAGGCCGGGGGCGAAGAAACUACAAUCAUGAGCAUACCCUUGAUAGCUGGUUUAUUACAAUCCUCGGAAAUAAUCAACUGGAAAUACGAAACGUAGUUCUGCAGAGGGAUGAAUAACCGCAGGUGUAUGUGGCCUAAAGGGAAGGUGAUGGGUGGAAGUAGCACUAUAAAUUACCUGAUCGGUACUCGAGGCAACAAAUGGGACUACGACAGGUGGGCUGAACUGGGUAACGACGGAUGGGCGUACAAGGAUGUGCUGAAGUACUUCAAGAAACUAGAGACCGUUCGGAUCCCUGAACUAAGGAAGGACAAGAAGAAUCAUGGAACGGAUGGUCCACUUUCGUUAGAGUAUUCGAUAUUCCAGACACCUCUGUUAACCGCGUUCCUGGAGGCUGGCCAGGAGCUCGGUUAUCCGUUGGUGGAUUACAACGGGGACACGCAGAUCGGUUUCUCGCCGAUACAAGCGACUAUGUACAAAAGCUCCCGCAUGAGCAGCAAUAGAGCCUACCUAGUUGGCAAACUUCGAAGCAAUCUCCACGUGACCAAGUGGACCAUGGUGCACAAGAUACUGAUAGACGAGCAGAGUAAACGUGCUAUCGGAGUGGAGAUGGAGAAAGGAAAUCGUCGUUUCUCGGUGUUCGCGAAGAAAGAGGUGAUCCUGUGCGCUGGAGCGAUAGGCUCCCCUCAGUUGUUGAUGUUGUCCGGAAUAGGACCCGCGAAUCAUUUGACAGAAUUAGGUAUAAAAGUAACGAAGGAUGCGAGAGUUGGUGACAAUUUGAUGGAUCACGUAAUGUUUAGUGGGAUCACAUUCAGUAUCAAGGAACCAGUGAGCGUAAUCUUUAACGAAGUAAUAAACCCUUUCAAACCGUUCCUGAAAGACUACUUACUGCAUAAAAAGGGACCAGUAACGUUGCCUGGUGGAUGCGAAGGGAUAGCAUUCGUGGACACAAAUGACCCGACGAAUAGAGACGGUCUUCCGGAUAUAGAGAUGAUUAGUUUGAGCUGUACAAGCUACGCUAACAAUGCUGUAGUGAAAAAUUUUGGGUAUUUUGGGGAGAUAAAAGAUAAAAUCGAUCAGAUGUACAAUAUGCAAGGAUGGCAAAUAAUUCCGGUACUACUACGUCCAAAGAGUCGAGGUUGGAUAAGACUAAAGUCCAAGGACGUUAACGUGAAACCAAAGAUAAUUUCCAAUUAUCUGAGUCAUCCGGAUGACAUUAAGGUUUUGCUGAGGGGGAUCAGAAUAGCCUAUAGUUUCGGUGAGUCGAAGGCGUUUAAGAAAUUUGGUUCAGAGUUCUAUAAUAAAACGAUAUCCGAGUGUGAGAAGUAUCAGUUCGACACUGACGAUUAUUGGAUGUGCUUCUUAAGAAUGGAGACACUCACUUUAUAUCACUAUAGCGGGACCUGCAAAAUGGGACCAGAGAGCGACCCUACUGCCGUCGUCGAUCCAACAUUGAAGGUAAUUGGCAUCAAAGGAUUACGAGUGGUUGAUACUUCCAUAAUGCCAGAAAUUCCAUCAGGACAUACGAAUAUUCCAACAUACAUGAUAGCGGAAAAAUUAUCAGACAUGAUCAAAAACGAAUGGGGAUAUACGAAUAAUUCAACUGAAUUUUGAUCUCUUCAAUUCUGACUUUGGAAUACUUUAAAGUAGAAAGAAAGGAAGCCAGAAAGAAAAACAAGCUGCCUGUAUUCUUGAAUCUCACAUUGAUCUUUUUCUGGCUUCUUUUUUCUUUCCUUUAUUCUGACAAGGAAGUUUGAGGUAUGAAUUCAUGCAUAGUCAUUUAUAAUUUGUGAAAUGUAAUUAUAUGUUGUAUUUUCGAAUUUACAUUGCGGUUGAAACGCAUCACAUAAAUAUCAAUCAUCAAUAAAACGUUCCUAAACAUUAA